AUGCGAUGGACUUCUCCACCCACGCGCCGUGAAAUCUCACUGGUCAUAUUCUGCUUGACCGUCUUCACCCUUUCGUAUAACAUCGACUCGUCAAUACGGCUGGUUGGCCUCAAUCGUGAAAACGCAGUGCUAAGCAAACUUGGCCUCGUACGAGCGGAGGUCGGUCCCGACGGGCGACGUCCCCUAAAGAGCCGAGAUGCCCUCGAAAGUAUGAUAUAUGGAGACUGGGAUUGGGAAGAGGGAAGGAUUGCUGGUGAUGGAACGGAAAGAAGUCAACCGAAGGGUGUUGGGAGGCAUGGGGCGAUGUGGGUUGAAAGAGACGAGAUUGGGGACUUGGGAGGCCCGACUUUGGGCGAAACAACAGUGACAGACGCGUUUCAACGAUGGGGAGAGAAUGUACCCCGAAGCCGUUUGGUCAAGCAUACUCCCGGCUAUACAAUUGUCGACAACAUUAUUCUUUUCAAUGGAAGUAUGACCCUCGUAACAGAAGAACCAGAGACUUUCCCGCCAUUACAUGAAAUGAUCCUUCCAGCCGACUUGAACCGUUGGCGCAUUCUUUCACCUCAGCAAGCUCGAAAGGUUAUUCUUCCCUACGGCGGAAGGAUACGAGGAGUAACUUGGAUGGCUGCCGAUUCCUCACCACACAACUCCACUCUCUUGGCAUUGUGGAGAACCUAUAGUGCGCUGGACUCUGAAAUAAACUCGAAUGGGGCAACAACCCUUACUCCUCCUCGACGCUUGAUGUUUCCAUACUACGGAUUCUUCACGGACCCGAAUCCCGAGCACGCGGAUGUCACAACUCGUCGACAACGAGUGGUGAACGGAUUCCACCCUGAACUAGUCAAGGCAGCAUUCCCGUUCAUGACUGUCAUGUAUUAUGCGGACUGGGAGGACUACCACAAGAUGCAAGUGCCGUUUGUCAUUGAACGUCUCGUGGUUGCGGACAGAACUGCAGCAUCGUAUGGGGUCGACUCCCAUGAACCGAUCUAUGCACCCGCUUUCAGAAAGACUGAUGGGUUAUCGGAGCACUGGUGGGAGCCCAUACGACUCAACCUUGCCUCGUAUUUCGGAGUCAACGGAGACAAAGCACCUAAAAAUGGCAUCACUUAUGUGCAUCGUCAGUCGCAUUCGAAUGGUUUGAAGUUGAACGAUGAAGACCACGCGGCACUUGUGGAGGCUCUGCAAAAGCUACAACAAGACUAUGGGUACGAGGUUCAUAUAGUCUCCAACAUCGACGAAGAAAUGUCCUGGACCGACCGGCUCGGGGCGAUUACCCGGUCAACUCUAAUGCUGGGCGUUCACGAUAGCGACUUGAUCGACUGUGCUUACAUGCAACGGAAUCCACACACCACUCUCAUGGAGUUCUUCCCCCCGCAAACGUUUGCGCUUGAGCAGCAACUGGUUGCCAAAUCCUUGGGCAUGCGAUAUGUUGCCUGGUGGAAAGAAAGGCGUGUGCUAGUCUUUUACAACGUGUCAUUUUGUCUUACGCCAAUUCACAGACGACUCUCCCAAGACGAGCUACCCUCUGUUUCACGCCCAACAGAUGGGCAAGCAGUUCCCAUUGACGUUUCUGAGAUUGUCAAAGCUAUUCGGGAGGUUCUGCAGUAA